ACAGUACUGAACACCUCGAUGUGUUUGAUUAAAAUAGCACUUCAAAUAAUACCCCAAACUCGCAUAUGGAGUUUUGUCCAUGUUGCGGUGUAUGUUGUUGACAUGUUCUCCCCCUGCAGCGACAGGAAGUGGUGCCGUCCAAUAGUAUUGAAGGUAAAACUGGGAAGCGGUUGGUUUUCAGCAAGAAAAGAAGACGGUUGAUAGUAUCCACCGUGUCAUAGGAUUUUAACCACUUUAAGGGGGCUGUGACUGUUCGACGUCUGAGUGCUUCGACAAAACUGUUUCGUAGCUCGCCAUGGCUCUGUGCGGUGGUGUCGGAGCCAUGGCUCUACCAAGCGAGCUAAUCGUCCAUAUAUUCUCCUUUCUGUCCGACCGAGACAAGCUUCGGGCCUCGGCCGUUUGUUCGCGGUGGAGGGAGUGUCUGUUCUAUCCAGCUCUUUGGACAGAACUCAAACUACGAAUUGGUGGUGGUGGUUCCAAGUCUGAGGAGACACUGAGGUUGGAGUUCCUCAUGCGGAAGUUCGGCGCUUUCGUGCGGGAGCUGCAGCUGGAACUCGCUCCCACGGAAGUCAGCCUCGGUUCCCUCAACAACGAACCGUCGUCGACCAGAGUCGACCUGCCUCCUGGUCCUGGCAACGACCAACAACUCUCCAAGCGAUGGAGAGACGCCAUGAGUGCCUACUUGGACCAGGUGUUGUGUGUGUUCACCAGCAUCAGCAACAACAGGAACCUGCAGAAGUUGAGUCUGUAUGGUGACACCUGUGCUCUCCAACAGGAGGGACUCCUGGACAGUUCCAACCUGCAUCACAUUCAUCAGGGCCACAAGAAAAUCAACGAGAUCCAGCGGUUGUUCAGAGAGUUGUUGUCUAACAGCAGGCAGCUUCGGUGGUUGUCUUGUAGCUUCAUGCUUGGUCUGGUGACUUCCACCUCCUUAGCAUGCCUGUCCAAUCUUUCCUCCGAGACCUUGCAGCACCUCAGCUUAUUAGACCACCAGCUUGGUCCACUCAUCUCACCAUCAGAAUUGGAUCGUCUUUCAUCUCUUCAUUCUCUGGCUCUUGAUUUCUCUGAUCUGACAUCUGAGCUUUGUGGUCUGCUGGCAUCACCCCAUCGCACUGCGCUGCAUCGUCUCUCCCUGCUGCUCAAUGGCGCCACUCUGGAGUUCAAAUCAUUAGAAGGCACAGCCACAGAGGAUGAUUGGAAAGCACUGGUACGAGUGAGUACCAACUUACGAGUGUACAUCAUGGCUGUAGAGGUCAACAGCUCAGAGCUCCUCAGGGUUCUAAAGCCAAGCCUUCCGCUGGAACGCAUCCACCUGGACAGUUACAGCACUCUGGUGUCCGACGCCACCCUGGAGCUCAUCGCCCAGCAAUACAACAAAACGCUGACACAUUUCCUUUUACUGAGGGAUGACCCAGAUUUUCCAGACCUCAGUGUCAAUCGCAAUGAAGAUCCAUUGGUCCUCUUAGCUUGGAGAUGCACUCAGUUGGCUGUGCUGAUGAUACACGGCUACACAGUGUGGUCCCACAACUUGGUGGCAAUUUCCCGGCUCCGUGGCUCCAGUCUGCGUGUCCUGACAGUGUCUGAGGAGAGCAUCGACUUUGACCCUGACCAGCCGGUGUAUUUGGAAGGUGAUCCAGUUCAUAACCUGGUGAAAGAGGUCUCACAGGGUCUUGGCCGAGUGUGGCACCCAUGCAUGGAUUACAGCCUGGUUUUGACGGAACCCACCCAGCACUUCCAUCAUGAGCUGCAAGCCUUCAGCAUGGGCAUGUAGGCCAGUAUGGCCAUAAUCUAAUAGAGCGUGGCCGAUGCUGUGCCAAGACCAGGCUAGACCAACCAACACACUGAAGUAAAUCCACACCUCUAAGGUAGUUCUUAACCAAAAUAUAUAUAUUUUUUUCCAUUUUAUGUUUUCUGUUGUUUAAUGUACAGGGGUUUUAGCACACAAUGGAGGUAAAACUAUUUCCAAAAGGUGUCUAGUGCUAGCUUCCUGAUUAGUUCCAUGUUCUUUAUACACCUUUUAGUAGCCACUUAGACAUGGAAUGUUGUAGUGCUAAAAGUGGGUCUCCCUAGUUCCUGUAUUUCAUGGCUCGGUCUGGUCUGGUCUUGCACAAAGAGCUUGCCAUUUUUUGCUCUAUUUAAUUAUCUCCAGGGCCAUUGUAUGAUGUAACUUUUGUUUCAGUUUUUUGGCUCUUUUUUUUUUCUCUCCAAUUACCUCCCACCCAAUUACUGUAGGUGUGUAAUUGUAUGUUUUCCCUGUAUGGUGUUUCCCUCACCUGUACUGGCUUUGUGUGUAUUUAAAUAUUUCUAUUAGAACACAACAGGACAGGCAGGCUGGUUCGGUAAUGAAUCGGUGGGAUUUAGUCGGAAAAUGAGCUGCGUGUGUGUGUGUGUAUGCUAGACACAAGUUUAAGGUUUGAAGGUUUUGUUUUGUUUUGUUUUUUUUUUUUACCAUGGCUUUGUGUCUCACCCACUCCAGCAAAAGUUGUUUGUGAGCAUACUGAUUAAUCACUUCCUGGGAAACAACCUUUAUUGCUUGUGGUGCUUUGAGAGAGCACCCUGUGUACUUGUCUGCUAGGUUUAAGAACCAUGGGUUCCAGGGUGGACAUUUGAAAUGUAAAAUUGCUGACUUGGGGCUGGCGCUGCUCUCGGUUUGAAGAGUUCUCAAUGCCAUGCCUUCUCCUUUGCCGCCUUUUACAGCUGACAAAGGUUGUUUUGCAUGGUGAAAAUGGUUGUAUUGGGGAGAUUGAGCACCUUAAUGGUGGAGUUACGUAGAUUCUUGGUAGAGGGUUGAAUCUAUCACAAUUUCCACCUCUUAAAAACUUUUUUCGUAACCUCACCAGUUUACUAAACAGUCACCCCUGUCUUCCAGUGGUUGUUCAUGGGCAAACUAACAUGUUCAGCCCCCUCACAAUAGAACCCACACAUUAUUUUCAUGAGUUAUUAUUAGCUUUUAUUAAUUUACCUUGCUGUGUCUUCAACAGGUAAAGACAUUUAUAUCCACAUAUGCGCUACCAUGGGACCCAUGACGGCAAGAACAAUAGUGAGGUUGUGAGUAGAAACUGGAUGUUCCUUCCGUAUGUCACUGCUUUAGAAAUCGUUUUUACUCCAACAGCAGAUAAACCGAUGACAAAGCUUCUAUGGUGUGAAAUACUCUUCCAAGCUGUGCAUGAGGUGCAGCAUUGGUGGGCUGUGAUCUGAUGAAGUACAGGGAAAAGAAAACAUGCACUGAAUGUAAUUUAGCGAUGUCUCUCUGCCGAUUCAACUUGUUUUCUAGUGGUGUUUGAUUCCUGCUAAACAUUGGCCUUUUUUUAGUUGAGGUGGGGACGAUAAAUAGUUUGGUUUAGGGCUGUGAAAUGGCACCUACGGCACAGCUAUAGGACUCAUCACCGUGGUGACAAGGUGUCUUUCAGUCUCAGGUAAAGCUGUUAACAUCCCUUCUGACUGGGACCGUAUUGGUAAAAAUGGGUGUGGAAAUAAGCACUUGUAAUGCUGAUGCUCUUUUUUUUUUUUAUUUUCAAGUUCCUCUUGAGUCACAGUUGCCUUGGAAAACACCCCUUUGGUCUGGAAACGGUUGUUGAUGGUGCUGGUUAUUUUGCCAUCUGAUAAACACUCCGCUUUGAUGGAGGGUCACUGAACCUAAUCAUACAUUUGUUUUCUAAGAAUUAGGUUAAUAAAUGUGGAUGAAUGGUAAACAUUUUUGUCACCAUUAAGAUAUGAGUAGGCGUUUCUUUGGAAUGGCUGUCAAUAGAUAGCCUGCUGGGCCCAGGUCAUAUCUGAACUGAAUGUAGUCGAUUUUCAGGGUAUUGUGGGUGUUUAGCGUGUUCUGGCUGCUUGCCUCUUCCUCAGCCACAGAGGCAUCACUGACCGAUCGUACUUGCUGCAAUUGGAGUCCUGUGCAAGAACUUCCAAGCCAGGCGUUGUAGACAGAAUAUCGUUGAAAGGUUUGGUACCUGCAAUAGCAGUGGUGUUUUUAUGAAGGCUUUUUCUGAGCACACGGUAACAUAAAUGCAGGCUAUUUAUCUUCAAUCUGUAGACUAGCUUUACAUUUUCCUUCCAAAUGGCUCUGUCUUGUUUAUCUGUGUACCCACCUUGGCUCUGUAUUGCACACUAUGAAGGUCCAUAUCAAGGUGUUUUAUACAGUAUGUUGUUUGUGACUGAUGGUCCAGCAGUUGGCUUGGUCAUGGUCGAAUUGGUUUCUGCUGAUGAGCCUGCAGCUGCCAAUGGUUUGAUGGAUGAUGAUGGGACCGUUUUGUUCCUGGUCCAUAUCUCAGGAUGGGAUUGUUGUACUUUGGGUACAAGAGUUGUGUUUUUUUUUUUUUAAGGUUGUCUAUGACUUCUGCAUAUACACUCACAGCUCCUGCAUCCUGAAGAUGGGACAGCACAACCAGCGAAACACAUCCUGAGCAAAAUAUGUAUUUUAGAUUAGCUUUGCUUUUUUUUUCCUUUUUAUUUGUGCAUUUUAGGUAGUUUAAUGUUUAUACACUGACAAGGCAUGGGAAAUUCAAGCAAUACAUGAUACAAAAUAUAAAUAACAUUUUCAUUUGACACAGCAAACAUAAUUUUUAGAAAGAACCUUAAGAAUCUGAAUGACUUUUAAGAAUCGUCUUUGUCCUUACCAAGAUUGGAGCUACUACAAAUUACUCUGCUCAUUAAUUCAUAAACAUGUUUCUGUGUAUGUGACAGCUAUUUGGCAAUAAAAAUUGUGUGACUUAUUUAGAUAAUUUGUUGCUCCAGUAGUUACACCUUUAAAGACAUGACAAUUAGAUACAUCUUAACUCGGUCACCACUUAAAACCCCUCUUUGCGGUGUCUUACUUGUUUAGACAUACCGUUACCAGCUUAAGAGGAUGUUUUUAUCCGUGUGUUCAGUAGAAAUGAUGUGUCCAACAAUGUUUGUAUCAGCACCGCCCUUGUUGGUUUUGUUUUGUUUGUAGGGCAGGGUGUUUGCUCAUUCUCAUUCAACUUUUGCAUGGAAUGCAGCAGGAAGGGAAGUCACUUGUCUCAGGGUACAAACAAGGAGUAGAAGGAGGGAGAGAAACAGUAUCUCAGGCCUCGAAUUUGAUCAUGAGGUUAGCAGUCACCUGCUCUCCUCCUCCUUUCAUGCGUUGCUGCCAAAGACCACAAAUGGAGCAAAACGUGUCCACUGAGUCUAUCUGAAGUGCCCGUUCAGUUAGCAGGCUGGUCCAGUAGUUUUGCUUCUACUCUUCACAUUCUGGUCAUUUUUCCAUUCUGCCUUUUGUCUUUGUGGCGUUUUCUGCUGCUAGUUAAUGGACGCUUCUCCCUGUGUGAUGCACUUUGCUGGGCCAGUGAAUAUGUCUGCAGCUCUCAUGUCAGGAGAUCAGUGUUUGAGGGCACACAAACCAAAGCAGACUCACUGCAUGUGUAAAAAUGAAGGAGUAUGGAAUAUAUGUUAUCGUCAGCCGUUUAAAUCUUGCAUGUCUUGACUUAAAAACAGUCGGCAUGGUUGCACACCCUGGCUAGAUUUGCAGCACAGUUGUGGAGUCCCCAUAGUAUGAAUACAACUUUCCACCAUAUGUUUUUUUUAAAUUGCGGGUAGCCUCUUUCACUGUGAGUGAGUGAAUGUAAAGGUGAUGAGAACACCACGGGGAAACUAAACACUUCUUUCAGGCGCUACAUCCUGGUGAGGACAAAACCUGUGACUGGGGUCAACCUGGCCAGUAUGAGAUUAAAUGAAUCCAUUUUUAAACACGCAAGUGAAAUUCCUCUACCAGGCUGGCACUGGAAGUAUUUUUGAUGUGUUGUGCAGCCUUUGGUGAAAUAUGUCAGGAGUGUUUAGUACUCUGGAGCUGCUCGAGAUGUUGGGAACAGGACAUUCCACAUGGGUGACUCUCAGGCCAUCAGACUGACGUAACAGCUAACAACAUACUUUAGAGUGUGCAUGGAAAAUAAAGAUUUAUAUAUGUAUAUAUGUAUACACACACACACAUAUAUAUUUUUACUUUGAAUUGAUUGGUGUGUUUGCAAAGACGAGGACGCAGCUCGGCACACCAGAGAACCAGCUGGACUGAGCAGAGUGUCGGUGUGAUAUCAUUUAGGGGUGAUUCUUUUUAAGUGUGUGAGGAUUUCAAGGAUGUGUGUUUAUGCAAAGAUUCGUGGGCCUUUUUGAGAAGGCAACCUACUCAAGACUGCAAUGAAGUUGCUUCAUUUUUAGUGCACACACACUUGCCGUUUUGGACAUAUGCAGAAAGCGUUUCACACACAACCGCACUCGGCUGUGUGUAUUGAGGUGGUUGGUUAUUCAGGUCACCAUUACCAGCAGCUACCGCACACUGAUGUGUGUCAGUUGAUUGAACCUGUGCUGUGUAAAAUUAGCUUGCGUUUUGUUUCUGUACUUGUGUAAAAAGACCGUCGCAGGACCAGUAUGGCCUGAUGGGUAACUAAGUCACAGAGCUGGGCUCUAAUGUAUUCCAUCAACGACAGUUGGCCUCAACCGUUGAAUAAAACUGUUGCUAUCGCAGAACUGUAGACAAAAAAUGGUUUUGUCUUGAGUUUGAUUGAAUGUGUCUGUUCAAACACCAAUUAGCUACAAACACUGGCAUGGGGGGCGGGUCUGUGUCCAGUGUGUUCAUGUAGUACCAAAGCAGCAGACUGCAUCAGUCCAAACAGCCUCCAAAACCACAGACCAACCCCACCAGUUUCAUCUCCACUUAGAUUGUGACUCAGUCGGAGUGCCAGUUCCAAGUGUUACAUAAUAUUGCCUAUCAGGAUGUGUUGGAAACUGGCCCUCAAGUGUAGUAAAAUAGUUAUUUCAGAGACAACUUCAAAUAUUUCCCUUGUUUUUUUCUCCCUUUUUAUUGCUUUGACAGUAGACUACUAUUUGUAAAUGCAUGACUCUGACUGAGUUCACAUAAGUAAGGCGAUGGCGUUUGUUUUCUGUCACUGGGGAAAACACUGGAUGUGCAUUGCGCUGGUUAAAGUCAGUGUAGACAUAUUGCCUUGGGUGACAUCUGGGUGGUUCUCACUUUUUUGCAACUAUACAGAAGGAAACAAGCCAACCUCUGCUUACUACAUCCCAGUGUGUGAUAUUUUUGGAUUUUGUGGUGAUACAAAUGCAAUUUUGGACUUAGAGAAAA